UGCACUAGUACUAAGUGUUUCAUACAACAUUCCCAUAUUCUCUCUCCCCAAAAUGUGAGACAAGACAAGAAAGAAAAAGCGGCCAGUGUUCCCUGCUUUCUCUUGGUGUUGGUGUGUGUGUGUGUGUGGGAAUAUUCAUACCUCAUUGGCAAGAAGAAGGAAGGCGCUUUUGCACUUGGCCGUGCGUUUAUUAUAGAACAGUAGGGUUAGAACAAAAAGGACGUUUGUGUGUAUUUGAAAAGAGGGGAAUUCAGAAAUGUCUUACAACCAACCACCUCCACCACGCUAUGCUCGCCCACCUCCUUCUUCAGCUGGUUCUUCAGUUUCUUCUUCUUCUUAUUCACAACAACAACAACAACAGAGAUCCUAUACCCAAACAUCAACUCCUUCUCCUACGCAGUAUUCAAGGCCUUUUACUCCUCCCAUGCAGCAACCACGCUAUGGGCCGCCUUCUCCAAUGCAUCCAUUGAAUCAUGCGGUGGAUAUGCCCAUGCCUUUUCAGGGCCCCCCACCGGGCGGAUACUCUGCUCCUUCGGUCAACAACGCCUACGCAAGCCGCAAGCGCACUGUCCGCAAAAUCCCCUUGACACCUCAAGGAAACCUUGUCAUUGACAUACCCGUCCCCGACCGCGUACUCUCAAACGCAAAACUCCGCACGGGGGAAGAAUUCACUCAUAUGCGCUACACAGCGGUCACGUGUCCCGCAGACGACUUUACAACCCGCGGGUACUCGCUCCGUCAACAAGAGUAUAACCGCCACACGGAAAUCUUUAUCGUCGUCACAAUGUACAAUGAAGACGACUUUUUGUUUUGCAAAUCCAUGACGGCCAUCAUGAAAAACAUUGCUCAUCUGUGUACGCGCUCUCGCUCCAAAACAUGGGGAAACGAUGGCUGGAAGAAAGUCGUUGUGUGUAUCGUCUCGGAUGGACGUACCAAAGUGAAUCCUCGGGUUUUGGAUGUCUUGGGUUUGAUGGGCGUCUUUCAGGAUGGGAUCAUGAAAGAUCAUGUCAAUGAGAAACCCGUGACUGCCCACUUGUUUGAAUACACAACGCAGGUGGCCGUUGAUACAGAGUUGAAAUUGAAGGGUCCUGAAAAGGGAUUUGUUCCCGUGCAGAUUCUGUUUUGUCUCAAGGAAAAGAAUGCCAAAAAGAUCAACUCACACCGUUGGUUCUUUAAUGCGUUUGGCCCGCUUCUCCGCCCCAAUGUCUGCAUGCUCAUUGACGUGGGUACCAAGCCCCAAGACACGGCCCUCUACCACUUGUGGAAAGCCUUUGACCGUGACCCCUCCAUCGGAGGUGCUUGUGGAGAAAUCUAUGCCGAACUUGGCACAGGCUGCAGCAAGCUUAUCAACCCCCUCGUCGCCGCACAAAAUUUCGAAUACAAAAUGUCCAAUAUUCUGGACAAGCCCCUUGAAUCUGUCUUUGGUUACAUUUCGGUUCUUCCUGGUGCCUUUUCUGCGUAUCGCUAUGUCGCAUUGCAAGGCAAACCCUUGUCGCAGUACUUUAAAGGCGAGACCAUGCAUGGCGGUGCCGACAUUUUUGCUGCAAACAUGUACCUCGCCGAAGACCGUAUCCUCUGUUUUGAACUCGUCACGAAACGGAGUCAAGCUUGGUUACUCAAAUAUGUGAAAUCCGCCAAAGCCGAAACAGACGUCCCGGACUCUGUGCCUGAAUUUAUUUCGCAACGUCGGCGGUGGUUGAAUGGAUCGUUUUUUGCCGGUGUGCAUGCCUUGACGCAUUGGUACUACCUUUGGAGGAGUGGACAUGGGAUUUUCCGGAAAUUGUUGUUGAUGCUCGAGUUUUCGUACAAUUUCAUCAUGUUGAUUUUCAAUUGGUUUGGACUGUCCUUUUUCUAUCUUACCUUUUACUUUUUGGCCAACGCCCGCAUCCCUGGCAGCCCCGGCACCGAUGGCCAGUCUGACCCGUUUGACCCCUACGGCUUUUACGUCUUUCAAGUCCUCCGCCAAGUCUAUCUCAUGGCCCUCAUCAUCUGCUUCAUUUCUUCCAUGGGAAAUCGCCCGCAAGGUUCCAAAUACAUUUACAUCUCCUGCAUGUUCCUCUUUGCGAUCAUUAUGGGCAUCAUGCUCUUUUAUUGUGGAUGGAACGUGUACCUCACGAUUCCUAAAUCGAGUCAAGAGUGGAGUAACCUGGGUACGAUUAUUCAGCAGCGGCCUGCGUUGCGGGAUAUUGUCAUUUCUUUGGCGAGUACCUACGGACUCUAUGUCAUAUCGUCGUUGCUGUAUAUGGAGCCCUGGCAUAUGAUUACGAGUUUUAUUCAGUACUUGUUUUUGAUGCCGAGCUUUUUGAAUAUUUUGAUGAUUUACGCAUUCUCCAACCUCCACGACGUCUCAUGGGGAACAAAAGGUGACAACGGAAACGCAACCGAUCUAGGCCAAGUAACCUCCUCAAAAACCAAAGACGGCACGCAAAUCGUCUCUGUGGAAAUUCCAACAGACCGAACAGACAUCAACGCCAAUUACGACAAAUUCCUCGCAUCCCUCCGUCAGCCCCGACCAACCGAAUCCACCAAACGGGACGCCAAAACCAAACAAGAAGAUUAUUUCCGACAAUUCCGUACCCGGGUUUUACUUUGGUGGAUGUUUACGAAUGCGGCUGUUGUUGUUGUGCUUACCAAUGAUGCGUUGCGGGAUUCAAUGUUUACAAAAUUGGGGGUUGAUGGGAAUGGGGGGCAGUUCAAUCCCUUCUUGAAGUUUACGUUUUACUCCGUACUCGGUAUCUCAGCCAUUCGAUUCGUCGGAUGUGUCGCAUACCUAAUCCAACGCAUGAUCUGUGGAUAAAACUCGAUCCUUUCUCUCUCUGUGUGUUUUGUUGUUUUUGUAUCUUUUUUUUUGCGCGUAGAGCGGUUUUAGGCUAUUUCAAUAGGGUGCAAUUGUCUAUGGGUGUGGGGCGGGUCCCCUCCAUCUUAUUGAUUGUGGGGUUGGGUGUGUGGGUGGGAUACAGUAUAUAGAAAGUGGAUAUAGAUGUGGUUUGUACUAUUUUUUUUUUUUUUGUGUGUUUCGUUUUUUGCAUAUGUUUAGGUACUUUUUUGUUUUUGAAUCCGUGUCCCGUUAUUUGCUUUUUGUUGGUUUUUUUUGAAGGUUGGGAUGGAUGUGAACUCCCCUGC